AUGGAGUAUCAUUGUUGUGCUUUCAUUGCAUACACAUCACAACCAGCUCAGCAGACCGCUCGCAAGUCCACUGGAGGAAAGGCUCCUCGCAAGCAGUUGGCAACGAAGGCCGCUCGCAAGAGCGCUCCAGCCACCGGAGGAGUAAAGAACCCCAUCGCUACCGGCCAGGCACCGUCGCCUUGCGCCUAUCUGGUCGGUCUGAUCGAGGAUACCAAUCUGUGUGACAUCCACGCCAAGCGCGUUACUAUCAUGCCGAAGGACAUCCAGCUGGCUCGUCGUAUCUUGACAAAACCGGCCCUUUUGAGCGCCACCACAAUAAUUCAAAAGAGUUGA